AUGGUUUCAUUUCAUAAAAUAUUUUUUUUCUUCCUAAUAUUCAUUUUAUAUUUAAAUGAAAAGGCAAUAUGUUCCAUAAAUGAAAAUGAAAAUGACAGUGAAACUGUAACUAGUAGCCACAAUGUACAAUAUAAUGAUAAUAUCGAGCAGUUAAAAUCGAUGAUUGGAAAUGAUGAACUACAUAAAAAUUUAACAACAUUAGAAAAAUUAAUUUUAGAAUCGUUAGAAAAGGAUAAAUUAAAAUAUCCUCUCCUUAAACAAGGAACUGAAGAAUUAAUCGAUAUAUCGAAAUUUAAAAAAAAAAAUGUUAGAGAUACGAACGAUGAAUGGUACAUCCUACCUACGAUCCAAUCGACUUUUGACGAUAUGGUAAAAUAUGAACAUCUUAUGAAAAAACAAUUAAUAGAAAUAUAUAAUUCUGAUAUUUCAGAUAUAAUUAAAAAAAAAAUAUUUAUUGUACGAACAUUGAAAACAAUAAAAUUAAUGCUUAUACCAUUAAAUUCGUAUAAACAACAGAACGAUUUAAAAGCUGCGCUCGAAGAAUUAAAUAAUGUAUUUAUAUCCAAAGAUGUUGAGGAGAAAACUAGUCCAGUAGGGGAUCAUGGGACAUUUUUUAAUAAUUUGUUAACACAUGUAAGAACAAUUAAAGAAAACCAAAAUAUAGAAAAUAAAGGUGAAACACUUCUACUAGAGGACAAUAAAGUAGAUGUAAUGGACACGAACGAUUUUUUUUUCACGACCAAUUCCAAUAUAAAUUUUAUGGAAGCUUUAGAUGAUAUAACAAAUCAAUAUGGAUUAGGGUUAAUUAAUCAUUUGGGUCCUCACUUAAUAGCCCUGGGACAUUUUAUUGUAUUAAAAUUAGCACUUAAAAAUUAUAACAAUUAUUUCCAAGCAAAAAGUAUAAAAUUCUUUAGUUGGCAAAAAAUAUUAGAGUUCUCUAUGUCUGAUCGAUUUAAAGUUCUUGAUAUGAUGUGUGACCACGAAUCCGUGUAUUAUUCCGAAAAAAAGAGAAGAAAAACGUACUUGAAAGUUGAUCGAUCACAUACAAGUAUGGAAUGUAAUAUAUUAGAAUAUCUAAUACAUUAUUUUAAUAAAUAUCAGUUAGAAAUAAUUAAAACUACUCAAGAUACUGAUUUUGAUUUACAUGGGAUGAUGGAACAUAAAUAUAUAAAAGAUUAUUUCUUUUCAUUUAUGUGUAAUGAUCCUAAAGAAUGUAUUAUUUAUCAUACGAAUCAAUUUAAAAAAGAAGCAAACGAAGAAAAUACUUUUCCUGAACAAGAAGAACCGAAUCGUGAAAUAAGUGCAUAUAAUAUAUAUUUGAAUUAUUAUUAUUUCAUGAAACGUUACAGUUCUUAUGGAACAAAAAAAACAUUAUACGUACAUUUAUUAAAUUUAACAGGGCUUCUAAAUUAUGAUACAAGAGCUUAUGUCACAUCACUUUAUUUACCAGGAUAUUACAACACUGUCGAAAUGUCAUUUACUGAAGAGAAGGAGUUUUCCAAACUUUUUGAAAACUUAUUAAAAUGUAUUGAGAAAUGUCAUUUACACCAACCAAAUACAUUAUCAAAAGAUAGUAAUUUCCUCAACGAUGUAUCCAAAUGCGAUGUAUGUAAAGGAGCCUUCUUAUAUUCUAAUAUUAAAUUUGAUGAUGUUCCUUCGAUGGUACAGAAAUUUUAUGUAUAUUUAACUAAAGGUCUAAAAAUACAAAAAGUAUCAUCACUAAUUAGAACGCUAGAUAUAUAUCAAGAGUACAGUAAUUUUUUAUCCCAUGAUAUUAAUUGGUACACUUUUCUAUUUUUAUUUCGACUUACCAGUUUUAAGGAUAUUUCAACCAAAAAUAUCGCUGAAGCAAUGUAUUUAAAUAUAAAGGAUGAAGAUUCAUUUAACAAAACUGUUGUGACGAACUAUUGGUUCCCUUCUCCUAUAAAAAAAUACUACACUUUAUAUGUUAGGAAACGUAUUCCAAACAAUUUAGUCGAUGAAUUGGAAAAAUUAAUGAAAGUUGGAACAUUAGAAAAAAUGAAAAAAUCUCUGACGUUUUUGGUCCAUGUCAACUCGUUUUUACAACUAGAUUUUUUCCAUCAACUGAAUGAACCACCUCUAGGAUUACCAAGAUCCUAUCCUUUAUCGUUAAUUCUCGAACAUAAAUUUAAAGAUUGGAUGAUCAGUUCGCCCGCAGGGUUUUAUUUUUCAAAUUAUCACAAUCCAUAUAUACGAAAAGAUUUGCACGAUAAAGUCUUAUCACAAAAAUUUGAACCGCCAAAAAUGAACCAGUGGAACAAAGUUUUGAAAUCGUUGAUCGAAUGCGCAUAUGAUAUGUAUUUUGAUCAACGACAUGUGAAAAAUUUAUAUAAAUAUCAUAAUAUUUAUAAUAUAAAUAACAAAUUAAUGUUAAUGCGAGACUCCAUGGAUUUGUACAAAACCCAUUUUGACGACGUGUUAUUUUUUGCAGAUAUAUUUAAUAUGAGAAAAUAUAUGACUGCUACCCCAACAUAUAAAAAAGUAAAAGAUCGCGUUUAUCACACUUUACAUAGUAUUAUGGGAAAUUCGGUCAAUUUUUACAAUUAUGGUAUUAUUUAUGGAUUUAAAGUAAAUAAGGAUAUAUUGAAAGAAGUAGUGGACGAAUUGUUUUCUAUUUAUAAUUUUAAUACAGAUAUAUUUUCAGAUACUUCGUUUCUACAAACAGCUUAUUUAUUAUUUAGAAGAAUAGAGGAAACAUACAGGACGCCAAGAAGAAACGACAAAAUGAGUGUGAAUAAUGUUUUUUUCAUGAAUGUGGCAAAUAAUUAUUCGAAAUUAAACAAAGAAGAACGUGAACUGGAAAUCCAUAAUUCUAUGGCAUCACGAUAUUAUGCGAAAACGAUGUUUGCAGCAUUUCAAAUGUUGUUUUCCACAAUGUUAAGUAAUAAUGUAGAUAAUCUUGACAAAGCAUAUGGAUUAAGUGAAAAUAUACAAGUAGCAACAAGUACGUCCGCAUUUCUUACUUUUGCAUAUGUGUAUAACGGAAGUAUCAUGGAUAGUAUGACCAACAGUUUAUUGCCACCAUAUGCGAAAAAACCUAUAACACAAUUAAAAUAUGGAAAAACUUUUGUUUUCUCCAACUAUUUCAUGCUAGCAUCCAAAAUGUAUGAUAUGUUAAAUUAUAAAAAUUUAAGUCUUCUAUGUGAAUAUCAAGCAGUAGCUAGCGCAAACUUUUAUUCGGCUAAAAAAGUAGGUCAAUUUAUUGGUAGAAAAUUUUUACCCAUUACUACGUAUUUUCUUAUUUAUAGAAUUAGUUGGACACAUGCUAUUACAACUGGUAAACAUUUAAUUCCAAGUUUAACCGAUCCUCAAUAUAAUCCUAGUACUACAAAUACAAAUACUUGUAUUCAUAGUACAGAAAAGACUACAGGUGGUUCUUGUGAUCCUAGUAAAUGUCCCAACUACACAUCCCCUGGAAGUUUUUUUUUCACUCACUCACUUGCUGCUCCAGCAUCCCAAUAUUUAUUUUUUUAUUUUUUCACGAAUCUAUACCUGGAUGCAGGCAAACAUUUUCCUGGAGGGUUUGGUCCUGCAAUAAAAGAACAAACACAACAUGUUAGUGAAAAAACGUAUGAACGUAAACCUUCCGUUCAUAGUUUUAAUAGAAAUUUCUUUGUAGAACUCGCAAACGGUUUCAUGUAUGCUUUUUGCUUUUUUACAAUUUCACAAAUGUAUGCAUAUUUUGAAAAUAUUAAUUUUUAUAUUACUAGCAACUUCCGUUUCUUGGAAAGAUAUUAUGGAGUAUUCAAUAAAUAUUUUAUAAAUUAUGCCCGAACUAAACUUAAAGAAAUUACAAGUGAUAUUUUAAUAAAAUACGAACGUGAAGCAUACUUAAGUAUGAAAAAAUAUGGGUAUUUAGGAGAAGUCAUUGCUUCACGAUUGUCGUCCAAAGAUAAAAUCAUGAAUUAUUUGCACGACACUAACGAGGAGACAAUGAAUAAUUUAAGACGAUAUGAUAUGGAAAAUGCAUUCAAGAACAAAAUGGCUACAUAUGUGGACGAUUUUGCUUUUUUUGACGAUUGUGGCAGAAACGAACAAUUUUUGAACGAGAGAUGUGAUUACUGUCCUGUCGUUGAAGAAGUGGAAGAAACACAAUUACAACCACAAUUACUCCCACAUGCUGAUGAGACCACUAACCUGUCCAAAGAAUCAACUAGUACGUAUAUUGAUGUUGAAAAAAUAAAUGAAACAGGUUCGGCAGAUAGUGAAGAUGAUGAAAAAGAUUUCGAUGAACCCGACGACGAAUUAAUGGUUGCGAGAUUUCACUAA